AUGUUGCUGGAAAGAUGGCCGCAACUCCAGGCAGCUGCGCAGGAGCUGGUGCUGGAGAGCGUAGGGGUAGAGAAGAGUCGGUUGGUUCCUGUAUCCCUGUCCUCGCCGUCCCUCGCCGUCACGCCGAUAUUCCUGGUGAACGCCAACGUGCCCCGCGCCUCUGUGCCGGACGGGCUCCUCUCCGAGCUCACCCAGCAGCUGGCGCAGGCCACGGGCGAGCCCGCGCCGUACAUCGCGGUGCACGUGGUCCCGGACCAGCUCCCGGCUUUCGGGGGCUGCAGCGAGCCGCGCGCGCUCUCCAGCCUGCACAGCAUCGGCAAGGUCGGCGGCGCGCAGGUAACCGCUCGACAGCAAGCUGCUGUGAGCCUGCGCGUCAGCCCGGGCAGGAUCUACAUCAACUACUACGACGUGAACGCGGCCAACGUGGGCUGGGACGGCUCCACCUUCGCCUGA